AGUUCGGUGAGUAGUCUUCAUUUGGACACGUCUCAACUCGUUUAAAACAUUCUCGCAAAGAGUACACUGUUUUGUCUAUGGCAAAUUGCACGACCUUUGAUAUGAACCAAAACUGCCUAAUCCUAACCAUUUAUUUCGGAUAUUGAGCAUCACACAAAAAGUUUUGUCUUGUGUUUCACUUCAAGAAUCGGUCAGUUUCACUUUCUUCUAUUCUUUAUUUUCAAUACGGGUUCUUUGUUCAAGUUGGUUUGGGGUUUAUUUUCUCAAAACCUGAAACUUUAAAUUUCUGUUUGGGCGCUGAGAAGUCGUAGGAAAAGAAAAGAAAAGGGUUAGAUUUUGAGUUUUGAUAUAGAGUACUUGAGAAAAGAUAAAAGCUUUGCUUUAUUGGAAGUUAAAGAUUAGAAUUUUGACUCUGUUUGCGUGAGUUUAGGUUUAAAGAUUCAGGAUUUUUUUUUCUUUCUUUUCCUUGAAGUUUCUCAGCAACCAAACACUGUGUUUCCACUUUUUUUUCCUUUCUUUGAAUUGGGAAUUUGGUUUACAAUCAGAGCAUAGGAGAUGGCUUCAUUUACUGAACUGGGUUUUGCAUUUUCUCCUUUUUCGAUUCAUCGGUAUAAAGUUCUUGCUCCUUACGUUCAUCUUAGUUUUUCAAUAAAGCCCUCUUCAAGAAUUUCUACAAGAAUCAAGAACCACCAUAAUCCUUGUUUUAUAGUCACUAAGCUGAGUAAACUUCGAGAAUUGAGGUUGCUUAAAUCAGUCGAAUUGGACCAAUUUGUAACAAGUGAUGAUGAAGAAGAAAUGAGUGAAGAGUUUUUUGUUGCAAUUGAAGAGCUAGAAAGAAUGACAAGGGAGCCCUCAGAUAUAUUAGAGGAAAUGAAUGAUCGUUUAUCAGCCAGAGAAUUGCAGUUAGUGCUAGUGUACUUCUCUCAGGAGGGGAGAGACUCAUGGUGUGCACUUGAGGUUUUUGAGUGGCUUAAAAAAGAGAACCGAGUUGAUAAAGAAACGAUGGAGCUUAUGGUUUCAAUAAUGUGUAGUUGGGUUAAGAAGUUGAUUGAUGAGGAGCGUGAGGUUGGGGAUGUGAUUGACCUUCUUGUGGACAUGGACUGUGUUGGGCUGAAGCCAGGGUUUAGUAUGAUUGAGAAGGUGAUUUCAUUGUAUCUGGAAGUGGGGAAGAAGGAGGCAGCAAUUUCGUUUGUGAAAGAGAUCUUGAGACGGGGAAUUAGUUAUGCUGAGGACAAUGGAGAAGGACAGAAAGGAGGCCCAACUGGAUAUCUUGCGUGGAAGAUGAUGGUUGAAGGAAACUACAGGGGGGCAGUCAAUAUGGUGAUCCAUCUUAGAGAAUCUGGAUUGAAGCCAGAGGUCUACAGCUACCUUAUUGCAAUGACAGCUGUGGUUAAAGAGCUAAAUGAAUUUGCAAAGGCUUUACGGAAAUUGAAAGGUUAUGCAAGGAAUGGUUUGAUAGCUGAACUUGAUGCAGAAAAUGUAGGACUUACUGAAAACUAUCAAUCAGAUCUUCUAGCUGAUGGGGCACGCCUGUCUAGUUGGGCAAUUCAAGAGGGAGGUGCUUCAUUUAAUGGGGUGGUUCAUGAGAGGCUUCUUGCAAUGUAUAUUUGUGCUGGUCGUGGACUUGAAGCUGAAAGAAAGUUGUGGGAAAUGAAGCUUCUGGGUAAAGAAGCCGAUGGAGAUCUUUAUGACAUUGUUUUGGCUAUCUGUGCUUUGCAAAAAGAGGCUGGUGCUAUUUCACGGUUGCUUACGAGAGUUGAUGUUAUGAACUCUCUGUGUAAGAAGAAAACUUUAUCCUGGUUGUUAAGAGGUUACAUUAAAGGAGGACAUUUCAAUGAUGCUGCAGAAACACUGAUUAAAAUGCUUGAUUUGGGUUUGUAUCCGGAGUAUUUAGACAGGGUAGCUGUUCUGCAGGGACUGAGAAAAAGGAUCCAACAAUCAGGGGAUGUCGAAGCUUAUCUUAACCUUAGCAAGCGUCUAUCUGAUGCAAGUCUAAUUGGACCUUCUCUUGUAUAUCUGUAUAUAAAGAAAUAUAAGCUCUGGAUAACAAAAAUGCUUUAAGUGACUCAGAUGAACGGCCAUUGAGAUUCUUGAUCCCAGAUUUGUUACAAAAGGUCAAAAUUUGUAAGGGCAAUCCCGGAGCUUUUUUAAUGUGAAUUUUUUAUAGAUAUGGAUGGCUUCAAAACAGCAGUGUCUCCUUCCUGGGGUGAUCUAAAUAUUCUCAAAUUUGGUGGCUGCUGUAUACAUGAUGUGGAAUAUACUACUUCACUAUAUAAAUGGCAACAUAUUUGUGCUCUAUGUUUAUGUUCUCAUAGCAUUCUCUUCCUCUCUAUAUUAGCUUGAAAUUAUCAUGUUUUUCAGUG